UGCCACAGUCUUAAGAUGAAGGACCCUAUCAGCACCUGCUCUUAUAACCAGCUCUAUCAAAAUGUGAAACGAUUUUCAAAAACUGGGGAGUACUUCUGCAAAGAACUUAUGACAGUUUUUCAGCAAAGGGCGGAGCUGGAACUUACUUAUGCUAAAGGACUGCAAAAACUUGCUGGCAAACUCAUCAGGGCCUCCAAAGAAAUGUCAAACAAUUCCACCUACAGUGCCUGGUGUCAUGUGUCAGAUGAGAUGUACUCAAGAGCAGACGCCCACAGAUCAUUAGGAAAUGCAUUUCAGCAAGAAGCAAUUCUGGAACUACGACAAGUCUUAGAUGAGCAGACUAAGAGGAAGAGGCCUCUUGACAGCGCCAUUGAAAGAAAUGGAAAACUUGUUACUACUAAUUGGAGUGAGCAACUUAAGACCAAGAAGAAAUUGUUUGGACUAACAAGGGAGCACGAGGCUUUGUUCAACUUUGUUGAGAACAACAAACACAUUUGCACAGAAAAGGAAAAACAAAAGAUGCUGAACAGGCUGACUAAGUCGGCAGAGAUGCAGGCGCGGGUGGAUGAGGAGUACUUUAAUAUCAACAUGGAGGGUCAUCACAUGAGACUCAAGUGGGAAAACACAUUGAAAAACUGCCACCAGAUCAUACAGGAGAUGGAGAAACAGCGAAUUGAAGUUCUGUUCAACCUUUUGAAUAAAUACAACCUCCACAUGUCCAGCUUUGGGCAGACCAUCAUACAUGGCCAAAGACAGACCGAACAGGCAGUCCAAAGGGUGGACAUGGAUAAAGACAUACAAACCCUGGUGGUGGAAACCAGCAUCACAGCUGAAGAUAACAAAGCAGAGUAUCUGGUGGCUGAUUAUUUUGAGGAGGACAACAAAUCACUGAUGGGCAAAGAUAGAAGAAAAGAGGCCAUCAAACUGAAACUCCAGCGCCUGGAGAACAGUAUUACAAAAACAAAUAAAGACCGUGAAGGAAUUGAAAGACUGAUGAAAACAUACUCUGAAAAUCCAUCUUUUUCAAACCAAAAGAACCUUGAGGAAAUUGAACAGCAGCUUGAUGAGUGUACUCUAAAACUGGAUCUCCUUGAGGCAACUCACUACAAACUCUCUGCAUCGCUUUCUGAAUUAAAAGGGAAACCCAAGUCCUCCCACCGAUUUAGUGAAAGCAUACUGAAAUGGAAAGAUAAGGACUGUGAGCACAGUGUUGUUCAACUGACUCGUCCAGUCAAACUCAAGAGGACCCCAUUCAGAUCCCAACAGUCACUGAGAGCGUCUAUCAUUUACAAAGGACCUGCUCCGUUUGUGACACAGCAGUCUGCGGAGGGUUUACAAAGUGCUACUGACCCAGUCACUCCAAGAGCUACAAAACAUGAAACUGUAGCUGUCGAGUGUGACAGCACUGUUAACGGAGCCCUGCCUCAAACCGACGAAGACAAAGAAAGAGGUCUAACACCACCAGAGUCAUGCAGUAUAGGAAAAUGCAAGGCCCUGUACAAUUUCACAUCUGAACAGGAUGAUGAAUUGUCUUUGAAAGAAGGAGAUCUUCUAGACAUUCACAAAAAGGAGGAGAAUGGUUGGUGGUUUGGUGAACUUAAUGGUAAGACAGGCCAUUUUCCAUCAACCUAUGUUGAGGAGUUGCCUGUGUUGCACAAAGUCAAAUCAUCUGACGCCUGACUGACGUCAGCAAAA